AUGACCAGAACAGAAGAUGUGGAGGAAAGGAAGGGGAUUUCUGAGCUUUUGACCUGUAUCUCUGAUUACCCCGGGUGCCUUAAUACAAUUUUCUUUGGGCUGGCUAAUGAAUUCAUAAGCUUUAUAAAUAACAACAGAACUCAUAUCGGGUUGGAAGAAAUUCUGAAAGUUGUAUUGGUAGUUAUAAGGAAAAGAAGCAUUGCAUACGAAGACAUGGUCGUUUUCCACUAUCAAGUAAUUCUAGGGAUGAUCAGGACGAGGUUUUGUGGAGAAAGCAAAGAAAUAUCUAAUGUCAUAAAGGCUAUUUGCAGGAACUAUCCCGAAUUGAUUCCUUUAACUAUAAAGCAUUUCAAAAAAGUGUUUGGAGAGGUAUGGUCGAAUACAAAGGUUGUAAUUGUACAUGCUAUGGGGGAGACCUUUAGUGUCAUGGGUGAUGAGAUGUAUCUCUGCCUUGAAAAUGAGAUCUGUGAGCUUAUAGGAAUGUCCUUUGAUUCCAACCACCACCUAGUGAUUGAGGAUAUGGCAGAGAUAUUGCUUUUGAACUAUCGCAGUAUUUUAAGGCAUAAGGAGACAUUUGUUCCAAAAGUUUUUGAGCCAAUUUAUAGGGCAUCCCAGAAAUUUUGGAGGAUUGAGGGAGUGAACAAAAUAUUAAGGAUCCUUCAUGCUAUUCUUGAAAUGGAUUGUAGACUAUUUGAGAGAUGUUUAAAGGCAUAUAAUGUGAAGAGGUGGAGAAAUAGAUGGAAAAGAGAAAGUAGUUGCUCCUGA